AUGAUGUUCGAACAAAAAAAUCUCAUUGUUGGUUUCAUUGUUUUAAUCGUACAAUUCUAUGCAAUUUCAACACUGGAUGAUGGAAACGAUGGUUUUGUAUCGUUAAACUUCGAAGAUAAUAUAGAUGGAAAAUUUUCGUCGUUUUCGAAAAUCAAUAUUCAACUUUCUCGUCAAACGGAGACAGAAUUGACACCAUCACGAACGAUCUCAUCCGGCCAAUUUGAUCGAUUAGUAGACUUCAGAAGUGACUAUCCUUACUAUACUUUAAAAGUUCAUUUUAAACGUGGUGCAAUACAAGAUUACGUCAUGACAUCGAUACCGAUGUGUCUUGUUUUACAAACACAAUUCCAGUAUACUGUCACCUUGUAUGUCAAUGAAAAUGGUUAUGUUGUCAGUGCACAAACCAAUACAGGAAAUUCAACGUGUAGUCUUCCACAUCUGAGUGAAAUCGAGAAGAAAUCGGAGUAUAACUAUAAAGUGUCAAUGCGCUUUCAAUUGAAUGAAAUUGGACCUCAGCCUGAUACGCAACGCUUCCUGGAAAAACUUAAACGACAACAGGAAGCAAAAUUAAACGCUCAAGAAGCUGACAAUCGACCAUUUAUUCUCAAAUAUUGGAAGUAUAUAGUUCCAGUUGUUAUUAUCAUGGUUCUUCAAAGUGCUUUCACUCAGGAUGCAGGUGGCCCGGGAGCUGGUGGAGGCAAUGGUGGUGGUUGA